GAAUUACCAUAAUUAAAAAGUGAAACUUUCAAAAAAAUAUAUAACUUUCGCCAGGUAGUUCGAGCUGAAAAUGGCAACUUUUGACACUUGUUUUCUUAUAUCUGAAAAACGAAAACUGAUAGAAACAUCGUCUUUCUUUUUGUAGUACGCAAUAAUAUUUAGGUACAAAACAGUAUAUAGGGACCAUAGUAUAUACUAGAGCUCCAUAUGGACUGGACUGGAAAUUUGUUGAGCUCAUCGACUCGAACUGGACUCAAAAAAUAACUUUGGAUUCACUUGAAUCGAGGAAUAAUCAGUAAAAAACAGUUGUUUUUGUAUUGUGGACUGCAUGUGACUGCUUUUUUUAGAGUCUAUGAACUGAAAAAAACUGUUUUUCAUAGACUAGGACCGGACCGGACUAGAUGUUUAUAGUCCAGGGACUGAACUCAGAAUUUUGAGUCUAUACGGAGUUCUGCUAUAUAUAUGUAUGUAUCUAUGCAUAUUUGUGGAAGAAAAUUACUAGCGCGCCGGAAAGAUAUCUUAUAGAAAGAUAUCUUAUAGCUCUCAAUAACAAGCGUUCAGUUUCAUAUAGAAAGAUACAUUCAUGUCUCAUCUAUCGGAUAGUGUAAAUCUAGAUAUGCAUCAUUAUCAAUAUACCGAAUACUGAUCAGACUGACACUGAUUUUUAAACUCUUUUUACUCAAAAUAACUUUUUUUCGAUUUUAGAAGUAUAGACAGUGAAGUAAAACAUCCGGUGAAUGCAGAAUUUAAAAAUGGAAUAAAUCUGGGUGAAGCUGUCAGUGCCGCUAGUUUUGUUGCAUUCCAGUUAAUACGUGGAGAAUGCACUUUUGAACAUAAACGUCCCGGAUUUGUACUACAACAAGCGAAUCCAGCAACUGGACAUGCAGCAGGAGAUUGA